AUUCUUUGGUAUUGACUUCAUUACAGGCAGCCUCCCUCUUUUGUCACCUUAAACAAGUGCGAGCGUAAUAAUUGCAUUUCCACCAGGAAAAUCUGCGCUGCUGGUCACGACGGCGCACUUUUUUUUAAUUUCUAACACAUCGACUCUCACAUAUGGUUUUCUUUGUCAUGUCUUCGCCUUUUGGAUUACCUUAUUAUCUCUAAAUCCGUUUGCUGUUGUGGAAAAAAUCAUCUCUCUCUCCAGGAGGACUGGUAUAUUUGGGGGUGAAAAAAAAAACUGCUGAGCUCCGCAAGGAAGUUGCCUGAGGCGGACAGGAGGGACCCUGAGGAGUCCGCGGGGGAGGCUGGAGAGACGGAGCUCCUCACCCUUCACACACUGUCGGAUGAAUUUGAUUUCCUGAGGUAUCUCACACUAUCUUGUGUUUUUUUUUACCUCUUCUUUUUCUGUGGGUGUUUUCUCUCCAUAGUGAUGGAUUUUUGGGGCACUCAGUCUUAUUUAUUGUCUCCAUUCCUCUUGCUGCCUAUUUCUUAAGGGAUUUGAUUGAUUUUUUUCCCCUUUUUAUUUCACGUGGAUUCUGCAAUAGUGGUUAGGCUCUGCUGAAGAUGUGACUUGUGGAUUACAGCAUCAACUACAACUACAUUCCUACAAUCCGACCCUGCCUUAUUUCUAAGGAACCUCUCUCUGCUUCUUCUGGAAUAUGAUUCGCUCAUGGGGCUUGGCUAUCUCCACCCCUGGGGACCUUUACCCCUCUCUUUCUGACCAAUAGGAAGGUCCUCCUUUUCAAUAUUCUCAAAUACCCAACCUCAGUUUUUGGAAUAUCCCCUUGAAAAUCACCUUGUUUGGUAAUCCUUUGUUGAUCAUGGAACCACGGUGGAACCCGACAUCCUCCCUUGGGUCUCCCUCUGUCUUCUUCCUGCUCAUUGCUACUUCCUACACCUGGCUCUUUCCUGUCACCUCUCCUCAGCGGAUCCCAAUAGACCCCGCGGCAGCACCUGAGUAUGCCCACUCCAUUCGAUUGGAUGGGGACAUCAUCCUGGGCGGAUUAUUUCCUGUGCACUCAAGAGGGGACCGCGGUACGCCCUGCGGGGAGCUGAAAAAGGAGAAAGGUAUCCACCGUUUGGAGGCCAUGAUGUUUGCCAUCGACUUGAUCAACAAGGACCCCGAGCUGCUGCCCAAUAUAACGCUGGGGGCCCGGAUCUUGGAUACCUGCUCCAGGGACACGUACGCUCUGGAGCAGUCCCUGACAUUUGUUCAGGCCUUGAUAGAGAGGGAUGGAUCAGACGUUCGCUGCGCUAAUGGGGACCCUCCGAUCUUCACCAAGCCAGAUAAAAUUGUAGGUGUGAUCGGAGCUGCGGCAAGCUCUGUGUCAAUUAUGGUGGCCAACAUCUUACGCCUAUUUAAGAUCCCCCAGGUGAGCUAUGCCUCUACGGCCCCAGAACUGAGCGACAACACCCGCUACGACUUCUUCUCCCGUGUGGUACCGCCGGACUCCUACCAGGCCCAGGCCAUGAUGGACAUCGUGACGGCGAUGGAGUGGAACUACGUAUCCACGCUGGCCUCUGAGGGAAACUACGGAGAGAGCGGCGUUGAGGCCUUCGUCCAGAUCUCAAGAGAAACUGGUGGUGUGUGUAUUGCCCAGUCCUUGAAGAUCCCCAGGGAGCCCAAGCCAGGGGAGUUUGACAAGAUCAUCAGACGCCUCCUGGAGACCUCCAACGCCAGGGCCGUCAUUAUGUUUGCUAAUGAGGAUGACAUACGGCGAGUUCUUGAUGCAGCAAAAAGGAACAACCAGACAGGUCACUUCCUGUGGGUGGGCUCAGACAGCUGGGGCUCUAAAAUCUCCCCUGUGCUUGGCCAGGAGAGGGUUGCAGAGGGAGCCAUCACAAUCCUGCCCAAACGAGCAUCUGUAGAUGCGUUUGAUCGGUACUUCCGGAGCCGUUCGCUGUCCAACAACAGAAGAAACGUUUGGUUCGCUGAGUUCUGGGAGGAGAACUUCAACUGUAAGCUGGGGAUGCAUGGUAAACGGCCUGGCAGCCUGAAGAAAUGCACAGGUUUAGAAAAAGUCGGUCGGGACUCCAGUUAUGAACAAGAAGGGAAGGUCCAGUUUGUGAUGGACGCUGUGUACGCCAUGGCCCAUGCUCUGCACCACAUGCACAGGGUGCUCUGCUAUGGAUACCCGGGCCUCUGCCCGCGCAUGGCCAGCAACAUCGACGGCAAAGAGCUGCUCAGCUUCAUACGUUCGGUCAACUUCAACGGAAGUGCCGGUACACCCGUGGUUUUCAAUGAGAACGGAGACGCUCCAGGACGAUAUGACAUCUUCCAGUACCAGAUCACCAACAGAUCUACAGCUGAGUACAGAGUCAUUGGCUCCUGGACCAACAAACUACAUCUCAAGGUCGAGGCCAUGCGUUGGAAAAUGGGUGACCCGUCUCUCCCACCCUCUGUAUGCAGCAUCCCAUGCCGAGCAGGAGAAAGGAAGAAAGUGGUGAAAGGUGUGCCCUGUUGCUGGCACUGCGAGCGCUGUGAGGGCUACCACUAUCUGGCAUCAGAGUUUACCUGCGAGCUGUGUCCGUACGAAAUGCGACCUGACACCAACCGCACAGGCUGUGUUCCCAUCCCAAUCAUCAAGCUGGAGUGGCACUCCCCCUGGGCCAUCAUCCCCGUCUUCAUCUCCAUGCUCGGCAUCAUCGCAACCUCCUUCGUCAUCGUCACGUUCGUCCGCUACAACGACACGCCCAUCGUACGAGCAUCAGGGCGUGAGAUGAGCUACGUGCUGCUGACGGGAAUCUUCCUGUGCUACGCCAUAACGUUCCUGAUGAUCGCCACGCCGGACGUGGGAGUGUGCUCGUUCAGGAGGAUUUUCUUGGGUUUGGGGAUGUGCUUCAGCUACGCAGCACUGCUCACCAAGACCAACAGGAUACAUCGCAUCUUUGAACAGGGGAAGAAGUCUGUGACAGCACCCAGGUUCAUCUCCCCGGCCUCCCAGCUCGUCAUCACCUUCUCGCUCAUCUCCGUCCAGCUGCUUGGAGUCUUCGUCUGGUUCGCUGUGGACCCUCCCCACACGGUUGUAGACUACGGAGAGCAGCGGACCCAGGACCCCUUGUCGGCACGCGGCGUCCUUAAGUGCGACAUCUCGGACCUGUCCCUCAUCUGCUCCCUUGGUUACUCCAUCCUGCUGAUGGUGACGUGCACGGUCUACGCCAUCAAGACACGAGGGGUGCCUGAGACCUUCAAUGAAGCCAAGCCCAUCGGCUUCACCAUGUACACCACCUGCAUCAUCUGGCUGGCAUUCAUACCCAUCUUCUUUGGCACGUCACAGUCUGCAGAGAGGAUGUAUAUCCAAACUACUACCCUGACCAUCUCUCUCAGCCUGUCUGCCUCUGUGUCUCUGGGGAUGCUCUACAUGCCCAAGGUCUACAUCAUCCUUUUCCACCCUGAGCAGAACGUACCCAAACGGAAACGCAGCUUUAAGGCGAUCGUGACAGCUGCCACCAUGUCGGGGAAACUGGCCCCGAAGGGAGACCGGCCCAAUGGAGAGGUGAAGACUGAGCUAUGUGAGAGCAUGGAGACCAACAGUGACUUCAUCAACUAAGACGACGUAUGUCAGCUACAGCAAUCAUGCCAUUUGAAGGGACCACGGAAGAAGAGAAAGAAAGCGAUUGGACAGUAGAGGGGUCGUGUCUUGGGGCGGUGCAAGGGGAAAAGGAGGAGCCGUCGUUCUUUACCCCAUCGGCUGGACAAACUGGCAGACGGACAGAGCGCCAAACGGAAUCCAAGCAUGAGACAUUUUGUAUUGUUCCGCAUUGAAACCACAGAGAGGGCGGGACCACAUAACAAGCCAGUCAGUGUGCCUGCUUUCCCGCUGCUCACAGCUCAUUGGUCCUACCACGAACUUACCUGUUUUAAAAAAAAGAGACAACAUGAAAAAAGUGACAUGCCAUGGGACACUGUGGUGGACAGAGUAACUAUUUAAAACCGUCAAAAAAAUAAAAAAAAAAUCCAGAAAAUGAAAGAAAAAAAACAAAACAUCUGAGAAACCAUGUAGACAUUAUAUCUAAAAGGGCAAAGGUGGGGCCGGGAAAGAGAUUUAACAGAGUACAUUUUAAAAGAUAUUUAAAAAGAGAAAUGUAAGAGAAAAUCUAUGAGACUCAAACAUGUUUGUUGUUAUUCUCUACUUGUAAGUAUUUUUGUGGUCGUGACGAUUUUUUCAUUCUUGUCUCACCGUUGUCUGAUGGAUCGCCCUUGCUUAAUGAGAUGAGUGUGUUUCCUCCUGCUGUCUUGGCUAACCGGGUUGUAGCCUUGGGUCGUGAAACCUGUACAAUGCCAUGGUUGAAGCAUGCCAGUUUUUAUACAAAAAGGAGAUUUAUUUAUAAUAAAGGAAUGUUUUGCAAAUGUGUA